AUGGAAGCAUUGGGAAUGAGUAAACUACCAACUGGAAACAAAGUUAUUAUUGUUUACCAAGCACUUCCACUUUCAUAUCAAAAGAAUAACGAUGAAUAUGUAUGGUCAUCAGUCGACAGGAACAUCAAUUGUCUAGUAUCAAGUAUCAAGUCAUUAAAACAGAACAAUCAUAUCGAGGACUACUGCUGGGUAGGAUGUCCAACUACAAGCAGAUAUACAGGUCUGCUCAACCUUGAGGAGGAUGAAGAUGUAUGCAAUCAGAUCAAGAACAAUAGUAUGGAACCGGUGAUAGUAUCUGAGAAGCUGUAUGAGGAUGCUUGCACCAAGUUCACGAACCAAUUCCUCAAGCCAAUGUUCCAUUACGACAUCUCAGACAGCACGUUCCCCGACGGCCACUGGAAGGCCUACAAACAGUUCAACCAAGAGUUUGCCAACAAGAUAGCAGAGAUAUAUAAGCCUGGCGACAUUGUCUGGAUACAUGGCACCGAGUUGAUGCUGGUGCCUAGAUAUUUGCGCAUGAUGAUACCGAACCAACCAUUGAUCGGCUUCUUCUUCUACUGCCCCUUCCCCGCCGUCGAGAUCUUUAGGUGUCUGGCCAAGCGCAGAAAGAUCCUCCAGGGUAUACUUGGCGCCGACCUCGUCUCAUUCCAAUCCUACUCCUAUCUACGAUACUUUACUCAGUCCUGCACCAGGAUACUCGGCGUCCAUGGUGGCUUUGACGGUGUCAAGUACAGAGACGAGAAGUCCGGUCGCGAGCACUUGACCAAAGUGUCCGUCUGUGCACAAGGUAUCGAUCCAAACGAAACACAGAGAGCAAUGAACAGCUCUGAAGUACAGAAGAGGAUAGUGGACCUCAAGGAGAGAUUCAAGGACAAGCGUAUAUUACUCUCAUGGGACAGAAGCGAUAUAAACGAAGCGACCAAGUUGAAGCUGCUGGCCUUUGAGAGAUUCUUUAGGGAGAAUCCAUCAUUGAUUGGAACUGUUGUGUUCUUUGUGAUCAGUGAGCCAGGCGGCCAGAGCAAGGUGUCCUCAGAGGUGAACGAGACUGUUGCGAGGAUCAAUGGCGAGUUCAGCAAGGUCGGAUUUAUCCCCGUCGAGUACAUCACCAGAUAUCUCGACUUUGAGGAGAAGUGUGCGCUCUUCUCCAUCGCCGAUGUAUUUAUAUCAACACCACUCCGACUAGGCAUGAACCUCGACCCACAUGUAUACGUAUCAUGUCAUCGCGACAAUAACCCUGGCAUCCUCAUCCUCAGUGAGUUUGACGGUGCCGCACGAUGCUUUGGCGGAGCGAUCUCGAUCAAUCCGUGGAGCAAAUCACAACUCUCAAACUCCAUAUCAGAGGCACUGAAACUAUCAAAGGAGGAGAUUAGAACAAAGCACGACUACAAUCUCAACUAUGUACUUGUAAACACAUGUGCCGUAUGGGGCGAGGCGAUACUCAAUGACAUCAUCGCAUGCAAGGAGCUUCAUUGUGAAAUAGACCCUUCUCUUUUGGACAUCAAGACACUCGAACGAUCAUACAGAUCAUCCAACAAGAGAUUCCUUGUGUUUGACUAUGAUGGACUAUUCUCAAACUCAAGUGUACACACAAAUACAAAGCUGUCAAACAAACUAUCAGUUGCACUCAAACGAUUGGCCAAAGAUGCAAGGAACACCAUCUAUAUCGUCACCAGCAGGAAUGCCGAGACCCUAGACGUAUUAGAGGAUAUUCCAGUCGGUUUGGGAGCAGAGCAUGGCAACUUCCUAAAGUCAUCCAGUGGCAUACCUCAAGACGGCUGGAAGAACAUCUCUGCAGGUAUAGACCUCUCAUGGAUUGAGAUGGUGCAGCCAAUCCUCGAGCACUUCACCGAGAGGAUACCUGGCUCCCUACUGGACAUCCGCAAGGCCACGAUAUCCUGGAGCUACAUCGAUAGCAACCUGGAAUACGCAGGUGAGCAGGCCCUAGAGCUGCUCACCCAGCUGGUGGACGUCUCGUCCAAGGUACCCAUUGAGAUCAUCCACACCAACAGAACCAUUGAGAUCAGACCCAGUGGCAUGAGCAGCGGAACGCUCUUGAAGUCGAUCGUCAACGAGGACAAAGAGAUCGACUUCCUCCUCUGUCUCGGCAAUGGCUCCACCGACCCCAAGCUCUACCAGUUGCUGGACAACGAGAACGACAACCACUUUGCUGUGUCCAUUGGCAAGGUAGAGGCAUACACCCGUUACUACGUCAACAGUCCCCAUCAAGUGCUUCGUAUACUCAACCACAUCACAUCGCCAGUCAAGCAGUCCACAGGAAACCCGAUACCAUUUCUCCAGAGUCUACAAGUGGCCACUCAUUGA